AUGGCAGAAGAAGAAGCGAGGUCGAUGCUGAAGGGCUUGCUUGGGAAGCUGGUGCGCGUUGGGGUGUCUGACGGACGCAUUGUGCAGGGUGUGUUUUCUUGCGUGGACAAUGGCUGUAACAUCGUGCUCACCCACGCCAACGAGUGGAAAGGCCCGCCAAUCACGGGCGCAGACGCAUGGCCAAAGGAUGACGAGCUGGAAUUCAGGAGACCGAUUGGACUCGUCAUGAUUCCAGGAGACCACGUGUCGCGAGUAGGUGUAGCGGCGCAACAGCCACAGCACUUGCUGGACGCUCAGGCGCGAAGCAACUCAGAUGAGGACGUGUCACAGCAGCUCCAGGAAACCCUAUCCCUCCAAGGCAAUGCGGCAUGA